GGUGGAACACAAUACUAACUAUAAAACACGUAAAAAUUACAAUUUAACGGGCAGACGGAGUUUGCUGCAGCAAUGUGGAAGUUACUGAUGCUGGCAGCCAUUUUGGCUAACACUCAUUUUGCUAACUCAGGGUCAUCAGGCACAAAGUCAUCUGGCUCAGGUUCAUCAUCAUCAUCAACGUCAUCUCAGUCGUCAUCGAGUUCAUUAUCAAGCAGCAGCAGUAACUUCAGCCAAACAUGCGGCGCAAAUGCAACAUACGUAGAUUGCCCAGCUGCGCAAUGUCGUCCAAAAACUUGUGCUGCAGUAGGCUUCCCUAUCGCCUGUCCAGCACUGGCUGAAGACGGCAAUUGUCCAGGCGAACCCGGGUGCAUAUGUGACGUCGGAUAUGUCAAAAAUGACAAAGGCGUUUGUAUCCUUGCAACGAAGUGUCCAUCAUGUGGUGGUGAUAAAAAUGCGAGAUCAGGAUGUGGAGUGAACUGUAACAAACAUUGCUCAGAUAUUGGUCAAGGACCCAAAGCAUGCAUUUUAAUAUGCUACUCCAAUUCAUGUGAUUGCAAAGAUGGUUUCUACUUGAAUAGCAAAGGGAAAUGCGUCAAACCAGAUCAGUGUGACACGCAACCCAAAUGUCCGGAAAAUGAGGAAUUUUCAAACUGCACUAAUGGUGGAUGCGAUGCCCGAAACUGCAGUCAACUAGGAAACCCAGUGCCCUGCGUAAAACUAGAUCCAGAUGCCUGCAAGAAGGGAUGUGUAUGUGCUAAUGGUUACCUUAGAACUGAUAAUGGAAGCUGUAUUCUAAAAUCUCAAUGUCCUUCCUGUGGUGGCGAUAAAAAUGCCCAAGCCGGAUGUGGCAUAAACUGCAACAAACAUUGUUCAGACAUUGGUCAAGAACCUAAAGCAUGCAUAAAACUUUGCCGUGUCAACGCUUGUGACUGCAAAGAUGGCUACUAUUUGAAUGACGAUGGCAAAUGCGUCAAACCAGAAAAAUGUACCCAAACCACGCCACCAACAAAUUCAACUAAUUGCUCAACUGGAUAUUGCAAGGAUGACGAUCCACAAGACUGCCUUACGACCGGCAACAUUGACUUCACACUCGACUUUUUGCAUCAAGCGAUAAAGAUCAACUCAGGAAAGAGUAUAGUGAUGUCACCAUUCUCGGUACUGUUUCCCUUGGCUCAACUGGCUUUAGCGACUGAUUGUGGAGAAUCCUUCAAUCAGUUGAUGUCUGCACUUAAUCUCAAUAAUAAAGACCAGAUACGUAAAAUCUUUCCUGCUUUAUUAAGCUUAGUACAAGCUCAACAGCAAGUCAUACUAGAUUUGGAAGCAAAAACAUACGUUAGCAACAAUGCCGUACUGACUAAUACUUUUGAAGAUGACUCCGUUGAUGUGUUUGGUUCUAAAGCUGAAACUCUAGAUUUCAGUGAUACUCAAAAUGCUGCUGAUACUAUUAACGAUUGGGUCGAUGAAGUAACCAAUGGUCUCAUUCAGGAUUUGGUAUCCCCAAAUAUGUUUAGUAAAUACACAAGAAUAGUUUUGAUCAACGCGAUAUAUUUCUUGGGUAAUUGGGAAACUCAAUUCAAUCCAAAUUUAACCCAUACACAGGAUUUCUAUAUAACCAAAGAUGAUACUGUUCCAGUCGAAAUAAUGUUCCGGAAGGGAUCAUACAAAUAUGCAAAUAGUUCUAGCCUUGAUGCUGAGAUACUAGAGAUUCCUUACAAAGGUGGUAACUUUUCAUACGUGCUCUUUCUACCAAACGAAAUAGAUGGUUAUGCAACGGUAGCUGAAAAAAUAAAAGACACUGAUGUAUUAAACGCAGAACUUAAUUCAUUGUCUUAUGAAACUUGCCAGUUGUAUUUGCCUCGCCAUAAUAUCACUACGACUUUAGAUUUAACAGAUAUUCUUGAAAAGUUAAAUAUAACGGACAUUUUUGACUCUUCAAAAUCCGGUCUAACUGGGAUCUUAGAUAGUACUGAAAAUCUCUCAGUAACUAGUGCAAUUCAGAAGGCCAACAUUAGAGUCAAUGAAGUGGGAACUGAAGCGGCUGCAGCCAAUGCAUUUGUUGUGGGAACGACGUCAGUAAUAUUAAACCAAAUCGUAGUGAAGGCUGAUCAUCCCUUCCUGUUUCUUUUGAUGAUGAACAAAAACCCAUUAUUCUGUGGAAUCUAUGCCGGAAAUUAAUGUCAGUUGUAACUUUUUUUAACAAUAAAAACGUCAUUUUGUUA